UAAAUCUACGGAAAAUGAAAACCAAACUCUCCAAUCCAAAACCCAAUCUUGUAACCCCCCUCGGGCCUCCUCGACGACCGGAGCACCAACACGAGAAGCUCUCUUCAGCACUCCCAUUUCCCUGUGAAGUGAAAAACCUUUGCUCUUAAGGGCUUUCUUCGCAAAAAAAUGGCUACGACCUUCUCACUGUACAGACCCAACCUAGUCUUAGCUCCCUUCCCUGUCCGGACUGCAACCCCGGACCCCCUCCUCUUCCUCCCUCGGACGAAUGACUACUUCUACCACAACAGUCUCUCUCGUCACAAAAAGUCUCUUCGGGGCUCCCUUGCCGUGGCCCGACUCGGGUUCAACUCCGGGUUCUUUCCCGACCCGGAUUCCGUGGAGAGCCUGGUUGGGGAACUGUUUGGCCGAGCCGAGAGCGUCCUCUACACGAUUGCCGACGCCGCCGUUUCCAACUCUGAUACUGUUACCAGCACCACCAAACAGAGCAAUGAUUGGCUCUCUGGAAUCACCUUUUACAUGGAGAGUGUCCUCAAGGUUCUUAAGGACGGGCUAUCGGCUGUACAUGUUCCGUACGCUUAUGGCUUCGCCAUAAUACUGCUAACUGUUCUUGUAAAGGCUGCCACUUUUCCUUUGUCAAAGAAACAGGUGGAAUCAGCCAUGUCUAUGCGGGCCUUGCAACCUCAAGUGAAGGCUAUUCAGGAACGGUAUGCUGGAAAUCAGGAGAAAAUUCAGGUUGAAACGGCUCGAAUUUAUAAACUAGCUGGCAUAAACCCACUAGCAGGAUGCUUGCCUACACUUGCCACAAUACCAGUGUGGAUUGGGCUCUAUAGGGCUCUUUCAAACGUAGCAGACGAGGGACUCCUUUCAGAAGGCUUCUUCUGGAUACCCUCUCUGGCUGGUCCAACCACCAUUGCUUCUCGACAAAAUGGCAGUGGCAUCUCUUGGCUUUUCCCUUUUGUAGAUGGUCAUCCACCCCUUGGAUGGUCGGAUACCUUGGCAUAUCUUGUUUUGCCCGUGUUGCUGGUUGUCUCACAGUACAUAUCUGUCCAAAUUAUGCAGUCAUCACAGAGUAAUGAUCCAAGCAUGAAGAGUUCUCAAAUGAUUACAAAACUCCUUCCUAUAAUGAUUGGUUAUUUUGCCCUUUCAGUUCCUUCUGGCUUAAGCCUUUAUUGGUUUACAAAUAACAUAUUGAGCACGGCACAACAAGUAUGGCUUCAGAAGUUAGGGGGUGCAAAGAUUUCAGUAAGGACAACCCCUGAAGAUAUACCUAAAGAAGACCAAGUCCAGAUUCAGAAGUCAGUCUCUGAAUUAAUCACCACCAAAAAGGUGGCCAGACAAGGAGAAAAGCUUACAUCAGACGGACUACUUCCUGGUGAAAGAUUUAAACAGAUAAAAGAGCAAGAGGCAAGAAGAAGACAACAGAGAGAAGAAAAGGAGAAAGCUGGAGAGACAGUGGCUAAAGGAACUCAACUAACCAAUGAGGGACACGAGAGAGAAGCCAGAUUACUUGAGAGCGAAAAUGGGGCUGGAUCAGAAUCUGUUGAUGAAAACAAUCCUUCCAAUUUUGGAGUUGUAAAUGGUGAUCUAACUGGUAAGGAUUCUGAGGAAGAUAAGAUAAAGUCGCCUGUGUUAAGAGUGGAGGAAGAUAAAGUUUCUGCCAAUUCUAAGGAAGCAGUUGAAGUACAUACUACUACGACGACUAAGGAUAUUAAACUUCCUGGGGAAGACAUACAUCAAACCAGACAAGAAUGAUCAAAAGAGGGGAACCUCUAUCCGAAUGGAUCUGAACAAGAUUGGUAAGGCUAGUUAUUACCAAUCCAGUGAAAUACACAAGGUCUUUAUACAGACGUGGUCCCAGCAGGAGCAUACAGCUCAUCAAUAAUCAAUUAUGCAUUCAUGGCAGAGUUCGUCUAAAUAUUAUGAGAGGUUUGUGGUUAAUCUCAGGGACAUUGCUGCCUUGGCGGAGGAAUAUCUGAAACAGUAAGAUUUGGUGGUCCUAUGUCGCUGUAGGUCAAGGUUUUGUAGAGGUGGUCUGCAUCAAUGACACUUUCAUCCCCACCCACUUAAAGGUGCACAUCGUCUGUAGCAAACCCAGAAGUGGGAAAAAAAUAGACAUUUUAUUUUUGCUGUUAUUGUGAUAUUGAUUAUGCAUGGUAGAAUAAAAGGAACGGGUAAUUUUCAUAACUGCA